AUGCGGAGGAGCAUUAGAGGCGGAGCGCGGGCCGGAAACACCGUGGGGGGAGUUGGCGCGACGGGGGGAAUCGGGAAGAAGCGGAAGCGCGGGGGGAAACAGCAGAUGGGGGCAGCGCGGAAGACGGGCGGAGGGCGGGUGGGAAGCGCAGUAAGCGCGCGCAGGGGGGACGUAAAUGGCGCGCAAGGAGGGAGCGAUGGGGGGAAGGGCGCGCUGGGGCGGGGAGUGGGCGCGGAGGGAACAAGGAGGGAGGCCGAUACGGGAAAGGGGAAGGCGGAGAAAGGUGGCGUGAUCGGGGGAGGGGAAGGGGAAAGGGUGGCAGAGGGGAGGGGGGAAGGUGUGGGAACGGCGGGGAAAGAGGAUGAGGGGGGCUUAAGGGGGGAAAGGAGAGAGGGGGAGGGGAAGGCGGCUGGGGAGAUGGGGGAAACGGAGUCAGACGGGGCAGCGGAAGGGGAGGGCACCGAGGGAGGAGAAGGAGCAGAAGGGGGAGAGGCGGGCAAGGAUGGACAGGAGGUGGGAAGAAGGGUGGUGGUGAUGAGUGACGUGAGCGGGGAGGAGGGCGGCAGUAGUGGCGGGGGCAGCGGGUCGUUGGGUUUGAACUCGGGCUCAGAUGGGGGGGAGGAGCGGUCGGAGGAUGGCAGUGAUGCUGUGAGGAUGGCGGAUGAGAGUGGUGCGAAGAGUGAGGAUGGAGAGGAAAUGGAGGAGGGAGAGGAGAGGGAUGGCAGCAAGGAAGGCGAGGGUCAAGAGGCGGACGGGGCGGGGGUGGGCGCGACAGGAGAGGAGUGGUUCCGCCACGUGGUGGCGGACGGGGGGGAAGAGGCGGAGGGGGAGGCGGAGGGGGAGGGGGGCGCAGGGGGGGGCGCGGAGGGGGGAGGCGCAGGCACUAAGACAGUGCUGAAUGCAACGGCGGCAACGGCGAGGAAACGAGCGAGGAAGGCCGAGCAGAAGGAGCGAGAGGAGAAGCUGGGGAAGGCCAAGGCAGACAAACUGAGAGCGAGAACACAAAGGGCGGAGGAGAGGCGGCGGCGGGCGGAGAAAGAGCGGUUUGAGGCGGAGCAGAGGGAUGCAAAGCGGCGGAGAGUGGUGCGGGAGCAGGAGGCGGCGCAGGAGAGGCGAGAGGCGAGGCAGGAGCGGCGCGUGCAGGGCAUGCAGAAGGCCCUUCUGAAGCUUCUCAAGAAGCUGGCCGCUGGUGGCGGGGGAGGGGGCAGUGUGGGGGGAGGGGGCUGUGUGGGGGGAGGGGGCUGUGUGGGGGGAGGGGGGUUUGGGGAGAAGGGCGGUGGGGGGGGGGAGUGGGAGGUGGUGAGUCGCGUGCAUGCGAUGGCGCAUGGCGUGGCGGAUGGCAGCCUGGAGAAGGUGCUGCUGGGGGAGGGCGAGAGCAAGGGCAAGGGCGCACAGAGGCUGCCGCUGCAAGCCAGGAUCCAAGUGAACGCCACCGCUCGCUCUGCCACAGCCAUUCUGUUCCCGGACGAGGCAGUGGUGGUGGAGGGGCACGUGCACGUCACACUGCUGCACGGCGCUGCCUCUGUGCACGGCUUCGCCCUGCCCCUGCACCGCCCCACCGCCCUCUCUGCUGACGCCACCCUCUCCUCCGCCGUGCUGCUCCACGUUGCCCCGCCUCCCCAACAUGCUCCCCCUGCUGCCCCUCCUACCGCUGCUGCUUCUGCCGCGAGUGGGAGGAGGCGGGGCGCUCUGUGGUGGGCGGGAGGAAGCGGAGCAAGAGGCGGGCGCGGGGGGGAGGUGCGCGUGCCCAUUGUGAUGGUGGUGGGGGGCGUGAACACUGGCAAGUCAACGUUUGCCAAGUUUCUGGUCAACCACAUGCUGGGCAGGCAUCCCUGUGUGGCCUUCCUCGACACGGACGUGGGGCAGCCCGAGUUCACUCCACCUGGGCUCGUUUCGCUGCACCUCCUCUCCCACCCCGUCUUCGGCCACCCCGCGCUGCACCAGCGCACCCCCGUUGCAAGCCAUCUGUACGGCGACAUCAGCCCUGGCAGCGAUCCCGCGCUGUACUUGCGGCAGCUCUUCUCUCUCUACGACUGCUUCAGACAGAACUAUUAUGACGGGCAUGGGGCGGCAGCGCUGCCACUGGUGAUCAACACACAUGGAUGGAUCAAGGGCAUAGGGUACGACGCUCUGGUGGAUCUCAUCCGUUACGUGGCGCCCACACACGUCAUCUCUCUGCUUGCUCCUGACGCAGCGGACAACCUGCCUGCCGGCCACUUCUGGCAGCCGGGGGGGUUCGCCCCCGAGGACAUCAACCCCAACAUGACGCCCCUGGGGGGCGUGGGGGGCGGUGGGGAGGGCGCCGGGGGGAUGGCGGGAGAGUGGGAUGGGGAGGGGGAAGCUGCGCUCCUGCCCUGCCUCUCCUUCGGUGUGGUGAGGGGCGUGGACGCCAGCAGGGGAGUGGCACACGUGGUGGCGCCGCUACCACUAGCCCGUAUGCAUCAUGUUGACACACUCCUCAUCUCGCACCUCCACCUGCCCUCGCCACUGCUGCUGUGCAACGACCUGGUGUCGCCAUACCUCUGCUUCCACUCGCUCGCCGAUGCCACUCUGGGCGCCAAGGAGCUGCCCAUCAGAGAGGUCAAGCGUUGA